UGGAAAACAGUUGUGCUCCGCUGCUCAAGAAGUGUGUACCUAUACCUAGUGAUUCGAACCCGGACCGAUCCUCUGUUGUUUGUGAGCUCUUGUGGGACUGGUUCGAUUGAAACGAAAUUCGCGUGCGCGUAGACGUGAUUUUUUUUUCUUUCGAUCUUUGCUUUUUGGAGUUUGCCAUUCCAGCCAUCAGCCAGUAGUCUGCCGUUUUACCUCACUCGACUCGUUUGAGCUCUGUCGAGUUGCUCCGUGUGUUGUUGCUAUUGGGGGGAUUGAGUGGAAGUUUUUUUUUGUGCUAUUACCCCACGUUCGGUCGUGAAGCUCCGGUUCGUAAUCCAAUGCAGUCGAUCCCGGAUGUAGCUUGAUAGCUGAGGCUUAGUGUGGUGCAGAAAAUUUCAGAAAUUGGCUAAACAAAUUUGAAGGGUGCUGCCACGAAACGGGAAAGGAAUAGAGCGGAUGUAAUACCUACAAUAAGGCAUAGCGGAGUUCGGUAGGCUAGCGGGGAUUAGAGAAGUGCCCACUGAUUCAAUAUUGAGUUUAGUUGCACCGAAAGAGGAUGUUGAUUUUGUGCAGGUGAUAAUCGUUUCAUCUUGGGAGUGAAGAAGAAUUGCGGUAGAUGGGAUCGCUAACAACGAGUGAAGUGUAGUGUAAAUAUUUCAAACCCGUCCGUCGUCAUCCGUACUGAUUGAAUGCUUACACAAAUUGUGUGGCUAAGUGCAAACUACGUAGUAGAUACGUGGGUACGGAUCGCGGAGAGGAUUCAAAUCCCCGCGAUUGAGUAUGAUCCGUUGACGUCACGCGCGAAGUUGGUUGAUUGAAAUCUACAUUCGACUCUGAAGCAGCGUAAUCGCGUAACGAAAGUAAAACGAAGAGAAUCUAGCCGCCACCCGUUUGCUCCGUUUACUGAAUAUUAGCAAAUCAAAUCCGUCUGUAACGGUCGAUCGAAAAAUAAGAUCACAGAGCUCGAAGAAAAAGAAAUCAAUCGAAUCGUCAUCAAGCAACUAAAUAUACUACCUCUUUCAACUCCGGCGUCCUCAAACACUGCAAAGGUCCUCUCCAUUCAUCUCGCCACAUAGGUACGUAUGCCAUAUGGACGGCGACGCUUAGUCAGCAAGCAACCGCAAUCUGCCAAACAAAAAGCCAAACAACGGCUCAGUGAUCUAUUACAUGAGAGUUGGGCAGCGAGAGUUCAGUCUUCAGGCUUCAACCACCUCAUCACAACUCACGUACGAACGACUGCUUGCUUGCUUGCUCUGCUGAACUGACUGAGACUUCAAAGCAAAGCAGGUUCAACGGCUCCGGAUCUUGGUUUUGUGCUGUGGUGCCCCUCGCGGUUAUUUGCAGACCUGGGAAACCGGUUGAGAUUCUUCCCUCACUCUCCGUUCAUCAGCCAGCAGGCUCUUGGGUGACCUCUUAGUCGACGUCUUAGCCUAAAAAAAACUGUAGCAUAUCGAGUGAGGAGGGGGUUCAUGAUAUUUUGCGAACUUUUUCAUCUUCAUCCCGGGUGGCGUGAAUAGAGUCAAACUCCCCCGUGUCGGUCGGGACAGUAACGAACGACUCAUUCAUCCCCAGCCAGCAGAGGCCGAAAAGAGUGAAUGGGCUGACAAACGGACUGCGACUGAAGCGGAUCUUACCUGUGUGAAGCAUUCGGUGGAGAGCAAUCGGCAAUAAUAAUAACAAAAACAACAACAACAAGAGAGCCCCCGGGAGGAAAUUUCAACGACGACGGUUACGUUUAAGGCAAAUUGGAUUGAUUGGUAGCGCACCGAAAGUUCCUAUUUUACGGUCAAGUCAGAGUUUGGCGCUGAACGACGUUGAGACUGCAGCUCGAAGGAGAGGUUUAGGAGUAUUUUUUUUUGUUCAACAAGUACCCACGUGUUACCCAAGCGAACGCUAACCAAAAUGCUCAUCACUAGCAAUAAUUUCAAUCAGAAGCAAUACCUAGAUUCGUUAUGCGUAACAGAGGCCGAGGACUCCAGCUACGACAGUGACUGUGACGGUGAUGAUCUGUCCCAUGAGCAGGUAUCGCGCACAACCAGUGACACUUUGGGACAGGAAUUCGCGGAAUAUGUGAGCCAUACAUCACCAGAUCGAUCGCCGGGCUAUACCCAGCGGGUCGAAUUUGCCCUCAAGUUGGGCUACACAGAACGAUUGGUUCAGACGGCUCUGCAACGGUUAGGGCCCAAUCCUGCCCAAAACGAGCUGCUGGCCGAGUUGAUCAAGCUGGGGUCUCAGCCCGGUGCCAAAGGAUCCGGAGAGUUUACUGCGGAAGGUGGUUUCAGUGAUCCCCUGUUGCUUGCCUCUUCGGCAGAUUUUAGCACCCCUAGUUUAGUGGUUUCGGGAGUUAGUGGAGGAAAUAGUGGGGGACACAGUGAAGAAUCUCUUCGUCCAAUAGUGAUAGAUGGUAGCAAUGUGGCCAUGAGCCACGGAAAUAAGGAAGUGUUCUCCUGCCGUGGUAUUCGAUUGUGUGUGGAUUGGUUUAAAAACAGGGGUCACAAAGAUAUUACAGUUUUUGUGCCCAAGUGGCGGAAGGAAAGUGCCCGACCGGAUAAUCCGGUUAAGGAUGGUGAUAUUCUGAACGAGCUAGAGAAGGAACGUAUGCUGGUUUUUACUCCUUCACGAUUAGUUGGCGGCAAGCGGAUGGUGUGUUACGAUGAUCGAUAUAUUUUGAAGCUCGCUGCAGAGAACGAUGGCAUCGUGGUAUCUAACGAUAACUACCGAGAUCUGGUGCAGGAAAGCUCCGAAUUCAAAAAGGUCGUCGAAGAACGUGUACUUAUGUACUCCUUUGUGAACGAUCGCUUUAUGCCACCUGAUGACCCUCUUGGACGUUCUGGGCCCACAUUGGAUAACUUUUUGCGAGUACAGCCACGUAAAACAGACCCGCCCUUGCAGUGUCCUUACGGAAAGAAAUGUACCUAUGGCAAUAAGUGCAAAUUUUAUCACCCGGAACGGGGCAGCAUGCCACACAAAUCGGUGACUGAACGGCUGUCCGAGUAUGCUGCCCGGCAUCUACAGGCUCGGAGUAGUGUUGGAGCUGAAUCCGGAAGCAGUAGUAGUGGGGGUGGAGCCCGCACUGUGGUACAGGGGAAAUCACUCAGCGUACCACUUUCAAACAGUAGCAAUGAAACUAGUCCAACAAAUGACAAACGAAAGGCUCUUUGUCGCACACGAUCGAAUGUUCCCACAGAUAGUGGCAACAGUAGCAAUUCGAUGUUUGGAGUUAAUCUAGGAGAUCAACUGACUCAACAACCACAGUUACCACAAACUCUCCACCUGCAGCAACAUCCUUACUUACAGAACCCAAACCGAUCGAAUUGGGAUUUGUCCCCUCUGUCGCUACCGCACAAUUUAGUCGAUUCUCAAAUAUUCCCUAAAUCUCAUAGCAUAGAGAACAUUUCUAAGGAAACGUACAAUCAGUUACAUCAUUCGAAUAACUACGGUACAUCACUGUGGGCCCGACAACAAACACAGCCUCCAUCUCCGGGUCAACCAUCGCCGUCACAACAGCAAGUUCAGCCCCAACAACAGUCCAUCGAUUCGUCAGCAAGUGGUGUUGAUCCUAGUGUAAAUCUACACAGGAAAUUACACCGGCAGCUAACGCUUAACCCCGCAGGAUGCGAUCCACGAAUCUACCAGAUGCAGCGUAAUGUCACCCCAGGCUCGGUUUCUGGCGCCAACCAACAGGCACCACCACAACAUCAUUCGUCGGCACAGCUAUCACCACAUCGUCCAUUAGCCCCGUCGCUCAGUGGUGGCGCCAGACCUAACCCUGCAGCACAGUGGGAUCUGCACCAGAACGUAACACGCAUAUCAUCAGCUCCAGAUCCCUCACGGCCGUGGAACACUGGUCCUCCUCCAGCAUCCUCAUCGGAACCACAUAUAAACCUUUGGCCACCGCCCACGUUGGCGACAGGAUCGAAUUCGACCGGUAUUAUUGGUUCACAAGCACCACCUCCGUCGACCUCGUCUCAGGUAGCUGUCCAUCAACAGCUGCAAGAACAACGACGUCGACUGCACUACCAUCUUGCCAGUAUUUUCCCCGAAGAACAGGUCCAGGCGGUGAUGCAGAUGUAUCCCGAUGAAACGAAUCCACAGAAGAUAUGUGCUGCUAUUCUGACCAUGUUUCCGAAAAUGUAAGUUUAUCGUUUUCCUUACCGAGGAGCGAUAUGUAUGAAAUAAGAUGUACAUAUUGUUAACUGUUGAUCGAAGUGGAUUUUUCGUCCCAAACGAUCUAAAACAUCGUUUUUUUUCUGACAUGAGGAUUCUCCUAGAGGACUUCAGGAUUGAAAGCAAAAUAUCUGUUUCUGUACAUUAAAAUGAAAUACUCAGCCAGUGUUAUUAGAGAAAAACAAAACGAAAACAAACCACUCUAAAACUUUAGGUGCCAAAAGUUUAUUCCUCUUUUAUAAAAGCAGAUAAUUACUAAAAAAACACAACUUAACGUCGUUCAAAUUGUCGCUUCCAAUCGUUUAUAUAAAAAUUCGAAGUUUACAAAGUGUAACCUUGCACACAUCAAUCAUUCAACAUGUUCUAAUCUCAAAUUUUAAUCUAGCACAAUUUCUAUUCGCGGUAGCAUUUUUAUAUUUAGUCUUUGUUAUCGUUCUUUACUCUAUUAGAAUUACUAUUAUUACCUAUUUAACCAUUGACAAUUGUUAAUUCUGUUUUCUGUUAACUUUAUAUAUCACUAGAACUAUGCAAGCAAGCAAGCAAAAUAACAUUACAUGCACAAGCGCUGAGACAUCUUUUCUUUCUCUCAACCCAUUUUAAACUGAAAUCCGCAAAGUUUUCCAACAAAUGAAAAAAAAAAAAUAAUCAAACAGCUCAAUGAUUACCAACAAAAUAGUACACAUCCGACUUAAAUGCACUCAUUUCGAAAGGGUCUGUGUUACUCCGCGCAUUUUGUCGGAAAGACAAAAUCGUUCUCGGAAGUAGACAGCGGCCACCAGUUUUUAGCUGCUAGAUUAUCUAAAUAUGUAUAGUGUACGGUGAAUUAUCCCCUCAAACAUUUUAUGUCAGUCCCGAAAAAGAACAAGAAAUCCGUGUAACUUCAUAUUGAAGCACUUUUGUUGAUGUGUGUGGACCAUUGAUUAUUUGGUGUAGUACCUAAAUCUUGUGCAGCGCAUCCGGUUUCACAAACAUAUAGGAACCGGAACAAAAAUCCACACAAGCUGACAGAGGUUGUACGAACUAGCAAACGAAAAAUCUAUCGCAAACACAAGAAAAACAUCCAAAAGUUUCGUUCUGUUGAUAACUUUCAAUUCUUUAUCAUAUUAAUCGGUAGCACAGAGCACAGCAAUCAUCAAAAUUGAAGAAAAACCCUUUUGCAGGCAAUUUUAUUGAGGUAGUUAUUAAAAUCAUUAGCCUCGAAUGUUUUAAAUCACCAAAUGUUUUUUCUAACUCAUCAAAAAUCGAUUGUUUUGGAACUAAAAACUCAACUGAGGGUGUAAGAAAACCAUCCGCAUUUUAAUUGACAUCAUCGGAUGCAUACGACAGAUGGUAUUAGUGAAACAGUACAUAAACCUAAAGAGAAGUGAAUCAAGAACGUGUACUACACAUGCUAUGCAUAUAAAAAGUAAAGUGUAAAAAUCUUAUAACCAUUAUCCAGAUGAAGAAGAAAAUGAUGAAUCUGAAGCUAAUAUACAAGACCGUAUUUAAAGCA